UGCGAGCCGGACAUUAGUCAAGAUGCACUGAAGAGCUGUGAGCAUGCGCACAAGGAACCUAGAUGCUAAAGCGAUAUCUGCUGCUGUAUUUGCAUGGAUACUUUUGCAAUUUAAAUAGAGGCCAUUCAUCCCAACGUCAAACACACCUGUCUACAAACUUCGCACAGAUUAAUAGUAGAGAAACGUAAUUUGUAUCUGAUACUUUUUCCGGUUACUAGCUCGCUUGGUGCGGCGGUGGGAUCAUGUUUACCUCCCAAACCUCGUCCUUCCAGGACUCAAUUGACGUGGAAGAGAGGGAUGACUUUGACAGCGAAGACAUAUCUGGAUACAGCCAGAAAACUCAGCUGAAUUGCUACUACACCAUCUAUCUUUAUCAAGGCACAAGAUCUGAGGCUUCUGGGGAAAAUGAAGCAUGGAACCAGAGACGAGCAGACUCCACAACCAGUCAUGAUGACUUUAGCCUGACACUCGUCGACAGCAGCCUGCCAUCUGAGGCCGAACCUGAGCUGCGGACGUAUAUUUCAAGGAGGCUGAGCAAAGGAGCUCUGCUGGGAGGCAUGGGCAACAUCGCCACUGUAGAACUGAGUAUCCCUGAGCAGGCAGUCGGUUGCUACUGCUGUCUCGUGGAGCAGGAAAGAUCUCCUGAGCAGCCGGAUGCUGAUGGAAAUGGAUACGUCAUCUGCUUCAUGGGCGGCUCCGAAAAAGGACUGAACCUAUUUAGAAUAGAGCUUGAUAAAUACGUUCAAGGCCUGCACAGCAGCUUGCAAACUCCAGAGCUGCAAAACCUUGAAACGGAGGUGCGUCCCUAUCUGAGCCGGUGGUAUGAGGAGUCUGUGAUGCACAUUCAUCGGGUGGUCCAGCUUGUCCAGAGCAACAUCAGCUUCUUACUUCAUGCUGCUUUGAGUCACACACCUGUGGAGGUCACUAAUUCAGAUGACAAGACAAAGGCUGAUGUGUCCAGGUUCAUCAAAGCAGCCAGUCUUCAGGGUCUGUCCCAACAAGACACUACAGCAGCAUCUCUGUGUAAAGCUAUCUCAGAGGACACACCCUCCGACCUCAUCAUAGACUGCUCCACCAGCCCGCCCACUCUCUCCAACUCUGUCAGUAAUCGUUUCUGCGAUGACUGGAUCCAGGCUUUUCUGAACGCUGCAGAGCGUUGUAAUCCUUUCCUGCUCAGACAGAUUCUGGAGAACUUCAAACUUAAGGCGAUCCAGGACAUGAACAGCCUGAAGCGUUACGUGCGGCAAGCAGAGAUGAGUCACUACGCCCUGUUCCGCUGCUGCCAGUUCCUGCAGGGCUGUGGAAAUGGGGAUGUGUUGCUGCAGAAUGCCAGAGCGGAGCACAGCGACCUGCCUGAAGCCUGCAGCAUCAUUUCUGUCCUGGAGGAGUUCCUCAGGGAGCAAUCCCAGGCCCAGGCUUGAUCACAUUGAAAAACAAAAUAACUCUACGUUUUUGAGGGCUGGAAACCUCAUCUGUUUCUGGUAGGUUGGCCACACACUAGCCGACUUUUGGAUCUUAACCAACUUUAAAACUGUGGGAGAGCACACACAUAUAAGGACAGUAACAAUCGCCUGAACACAAACACUUGACGACUCCACUAAGACCGUUAGACCACACACUUGACCAGAAAAAUAGUUACAGCAGUUUUCAGCAAUAGACAGGAGAGUACGACAAUACACUUACAAAGUUAAAAUAAAAUAAAGGUAAAGAAUAAGAAUAAAAAAUAAAAUAAGAUAAAAAUACAUUGGAAAAAAUGUGGAAAGAUGUGUGUAUUUGUCUGUGGAAAGAUCUCACAGUGGAGAUUCCACAGACACAAGAUCUCACAGGUAAUCCUUGCUGAGAAGACAAAUAGGUGUGGCUUAUAGCGCUGGUUGGUGAUGCUUCCCAGUCUGCUCCUCUCAUUGGUUAUUGUGAAUAUUCUGUCAGCAGCAGUCCUACCUAGAAUUAUAUAUAUCAAACAUGCUUGGUAUUUAUGAUCCCAGGAUGGGGAGGCUUUGAUUUGGUAGAGAGAAGUGGAAUAGUCAUAUAGCACUAACUCAUCAGGUCCUAAAUCGGCCUAAAAUCGUCUCGUGUGUGGCCAACCUAUGACAGCAGAUUACCUAAUACUCUUUUAAUCAUAGCACUACAUCCUAUAUUUAAUAUCACUUUGCUAGAUAAAAGCUUUGACAGUCGGGACAUUUCGACUAAACAACCUCCUACAUGGGGGAUUCAUGUUAUAAUGAGUUAUUAAAACACAUUCUUCCUGUACUGGCUUUACAGCUGAUUACAUUUGCUUCUCAGUUCUCAGAGUGGUGAUCAGAUCUGAAACAUGUACUGUAAAACACUGACAACGUAACAAUAGACCUUCAACAAACGUGUCUUUUUUUUUUUGCCUAAGAAUAGUGGACCAACUCUGAAACAUCACUACAUCUCAGUGACAGAGUAUUAUAUUUGGAGAUUAUAUUAGGAAAGAAUAGAUAGGUUAUAAUCUCAGUGAUGGUAGUUGAAAAUAAAUAUCAGUGUAAGGGUUGAGUGGCACUUUCCUCUAAACUUUAUCAUAGGCUAUUUUAUUGUGAGUGUAUCAUCUUAAUGAACCAAAUACUAUUAUGUUGCUAACUGACAAUGAUGAUGACAAAGAACCAAUCUAAUGUAAAGAGGCUGCUCCUGGAGUGGAUUUAUGAUUUUCUUACUGAUGUGCAAAUAUUCCUUUAUUAUUGUUUAUAUUUGAUCGUACUCAUUUUCUUUGGAGAAGGAACAUGUUGAGAAUGCACAGAUCACUUUUAUGCUUGUUACAUACGCCUUGCUUUUGUUUAUACUUCAAACCAGUACCUGCACUACUGUAUUAUUUUCCUAAUGGAUAAUGUACAUACAACUUGUCUUAUGGAGUGAUGUUAGAUGUGGGUUUAAUCGUUGUUUGGGAAAUCAGUGGUGUAAUAUUUUUAUCUUCCCAGCAUUACCAGCUCGAUGCGUAGUGUGAAAAAAUCUGUCAUCAUGUCCCUAAACAUUUACUCAUCAUUUGUUUUCUGUAAAAAAAAAAAUAGAAAUAUUUAUGGAAAAAUGAUAUAUAGAUAUUUAGGGCUUACAGAAAAGAUUAGCAUGCCCAAGUUUAAUUUAUCUUCCAGUGGACCUGCAGCUCAAGUGUCUCAAACCAUUCCUGUAAACCAGUCCAAAGUUUGUAUACAGCAAUAUAAAAGUUGGUGUUUUGUUUACUAGAAAGCUAUGAUCAACUUGUAGAAAGGCAUCUAACCCUGUAAACCACAAUGUGACUGCCCCGUUCUGUAAUAUGAAGUCAUUUCUGUACCAAGCGUUCUCAAUGCUUAUUAAUGUCUGUGUGGUUCUCUGGUGUGCAAAGAAGGAGCUGAAAUAAAUACAGUAAUAGAAUCUCUC